AUGCUCACUCCGCUCAUUUGGGCGAUCAAAGCCUUCUACCUCCUCAGCAGUCUAACAAUCCUCACCGUCCGCCUGGUUCCUGCACUCAGUGACCGUUUCCUCGCCUACGGAGCUCGUGCGGGAGACGAUGCUCGCGGUAAUCAUGAGAAGAGCAAGUCCACAAAGCAGAAUGAGCCUUCUGUAGGCGGAAGAUUUCUCGACUAUGUUGCUACUCUCACUGUCCCUCAUGCAUGGUUCACUCAUUUCUAUGUCUUAUCCAUUGCAUGCUCAUUGGCUUGUCUGUUCACUUCCCAUCACUAUGCAGGAGCAAUCACGAGCCAGAGCCAGAACAUGGACAUCCCGGUCUUUUGCUCAAUGUUGAUGCUCCUUCAGGGUCUGCGCCGACUAGUGGAAUGUCUCGUCCUUGGUCAACAGAGCAACUCGCGGAUGUGGAUAGGUCACUAUGCCAUCGGCCUGGCAUUCUACAUGGUGACAAACAUCGCCAUCUGGGUUGAGCAUCUCGACGCCAACAGCCUCACUCAAGCACAGAGAACCGAUCCAGAAGACAAGGAUCAAGGAACUAUUUUAUGGACGGCCAAGACCAUGAUCUGCACAAUCCUCUUCUUCUGGGCUAGCGACCAGCAGAACCUCUAUCACCGCUACCUGUCCGACCUGAAGAAAUACACCUUGCCAGAGAAACAUGCCUUUCGCUGGAUAGUUGCGCCACACUACACUGCCGAAUGCCUCAUUUACCUAAGCCUCGCCUUCCUAGAUGCGCCUCCUCCACAAGACUACCACCGCCGUCAUCACAAACCAGCAAUGACAUCUAUAAAUUGGACGCUCUUCUGCGCCUUGGUGUUUGUUAUGGUAAACCUUGGUGUGACGGCCGACGGGACAAAGAAAUGGCUUCGGGCAAAAUUUCCCGACCGGAGCUGGGAGAUCAUCAAGAGAUGGAGAAUGAUUCCACUUGUGUACUAA